AUGAACGUAUUCCGUCGCGGCAUGGCUUCAGCAUCCUCUUUACGCCAGGCCGGCAAGGUCGUCUGUAUCGGGCGCAACUAUGCCGACCACAUCACCGAGUUGAACAGCGCUAGGCCCAAGCAGCCGUUCUUCUUCCUGAAGCCGACGUCGUCCAUCCUGCUGCCGGGAGCCGGUCCCGUGAUUCGGCCCAGGGGCAUCAACCUUCACUAUGAGGUCGAACUGGCCCUGAUCAUCGGCAAGCAAGUGAAGGAUCUCCAGGCAGACGAUGAGCAGGGUGCCAUGGAUGCCAUUGAGAGCUACGCUCUGAGCAUCGACAUGACCGCGCGCAAUACGCAAAACGAGGCCAAAAAGAAGGGCCUCCCCUGGUCCAUCGCGAAGGGAUUUGACACCUUCCUGCCCAUGAGCAACAUCAUCCCGAAAUCGGCCAUUCCCAACCCGCACUCCAUUGAGCUGUACCUGACCGUCGACAACGAGGUCAGGCAGUCGGACUCCACCGAGCUCAUGCUGUUCCAGAUCCCCAGGAUGCUGAGCGACAUCUCCAAGGUCAUGUCUCUGGAGAAGGGCGACAUCAUCCUGACUGGUACGCCCAAGGGCGUGGGACCCGUCGUACCGGGUGAUGUCAUGCGGGCCGGUAUCAAGGUCGAUGGCAAGGAGCUCGAGGAGGGCAAGAUUGAGGUGAACAUCGAGGAGUCGACUAGCUCGUACUCGUACGCUGAGACCUAA